GCAGCCGAAGUGAUUCUAGCCGGGCCCUGAGUAGGCAGGGCUUACUCUGUGUCCAGGGCUGGCCCGAUCUGGGCGACUACUGCAUUUAAGAUAAUUGGCCCCUGGCCUUCCAGAGUGGGCACUCACUUCUUUCUGUCCUCAGUGGGCCCUUCCUGCUUGUUCCUACUGGAAAUGACGUCACAAGUGAGCUCAGGCGUUCCAGACUCUGUGCACGAUGGAGACAACCUAUGACCUCAGAGAAGGAGGAGUGGCCAGGCCAGGCCACUGGGACAGGAGGAGGGUCUGAUGUCCUGAGAACUCAGGAAUUUGGGGUAAGACAGUUAGCUUCAUGGCCAACGGUUUUCUCAUACCUUAUCUCUCAAUUUUUUUCAUCCAAGAACAAAAAAUCAUGCCAAUCAUGGAAUGCAAUCAUUACAUGAACAACCUGGAAGUUAUAUAGCAGCAGUGUUCUGUAAAGGCGUCAAGAGGGAAAGAGGCCAUGGGAAAGACAGCUGACGUUGCAAAGUCAUCUGAUACUCCUUGGUCAGCAUGAACAGAGUGUUGAAUUUAUCAUCACAGACUAUAAGGGAUCCCAGCCAAACAUUGUUUUGUAGUUGCUUAGUUGUACAGAAAAAAAAAUCCUGCUAUGCCUUCUUUCAUGACAAAGUCAAGUCACCAGCAAGUUUGUCGAGGAACUGCAUUGAUGCCUGAGAUUGACCUUGCUCUCAUUAUUCCAACUCAGCUUCACUGACAAGGAUAAGACUCUGGGUAACAUUCUGGGUGUGGAACCUCUCUCUCCUUCAACACCUUAGUAUUCACCAGCAAGAAACUCUCACCUGGAGUCUGUUUAUGAUUUUCACAGAACUAAACAGGUAUUUUCUGAAUAUCUACCAUGAUGGGUUUUAACUGCUCCUGGAUACAUCAGUGGGAUGCAAAUGGCAUCAGAUCAUAAAUUAAAGCAGCAAGGAAAUAAAUGCAAAAAGAGCUGUUAGAAUAAACUCCAUAAAAGCCUGUUACAGGGGACUCUUCACCCUAAGGCACCAGAGAGCAGAUUUAGAAUAAAGAGAUAAUGCACCCAGGUUCAUCCUGAACCAAGCUCUGUCUCUGUCCAGCUUUGCCUCCCUGCCCAGGGAACGAGACUCUAGAGGAGUGAAGCAUUGUUUUCCUAAGAUGUCCUGAAAGAAUAAUGUAUCCAGCGCCCAAGAAAACCAAUUCCUAAGAAGAUUAUGGUCUUUCUGGAGAAGCCACUUGCACAAAGGUUCCAAAAGCCAAUGGGGUCAAGGUCUUCUUUAUAGCGGCGUCAUUAACAGGCGGACCACCACCCUCCAACUCUGGAAGGAAAAGUGAAGUUGUGAAAACACAAGGUUGAGAGUUUAAAGGUAGGAAGUUGGUCUUUUGCUGGGAAAGCAUCAAGAAGAUCUCAGUCUUCAAAGGCAGGGAGACCUGAAAUACCUGGGCUAGUUGUACUGAGUUCAGAUCGUGUUCCAGACCAACCAACCCUUCUUGAAAGUAAACCAGUUGACCUGCAUGACAUCAACUCAAGAUGAGGAUGGGAGGGGCUGUUGAUCAGCCAACAAUGGAAAGGACCACCACCAUGCCAGAGCCAGGUUGCCUUGAGCCAUUGCUUGCUGCCUUCCGGGAUCUGCGUUAUCAGAAACCUGUAACCAGAAGCAGGAACUGAGACUUGAACCCAGGUGAAUGGUGCUUCUUGAAGGAUGGGAGAAUCAAAUCAGUCAGUGAGCUCAGGUUUUAGUCUCGUGGGACUCUUCGGCCACACGGGGCCACACCUCAUCCUGUUCUCCCUUGUGGCUGCCAUGUUCACCAUGGGGCUGCUGGGUAACACCAUUCUGCUCUUCCUGAUCUGCACAGACUCCAGGCUUCACACGCCCAUGUAUUUCCUGCUCAGCCAACUUUCUUUGUUGGAUGUCGGAUUUCCACUGGUCACCAUCCCCAAGAUGGCGGCCAACUUCCUGCAAGGACGCAGCUCCAUCUCCUUCGGAGGUUGCGCAGCUCAGAUGUUCUUCCUGAUGCUGAUGGGUGUCUCUGAAGGUGUCCUGCUGUCCCUCAUGUCUUACGAUCGCUACGUCGCUGUGUGCCACCCCCUGCGUUAUCCCGUGCUCAUGAGACGUCAGGUGUGCCUGUUCAUGGUGGGCACCUCGUGGUUCUCGGGCGUGCUCGUGGCCUCCAUCCAGACCGCCAUCACCCUGCAGUUCCCCUAUUGUGCCUCACGCACCGUGGACCACUUCUUCUGCGAGCUUCCAGCCCUGCUGAAACUCUCUUGCGCCGACAUCUCUGACUACCAGUUGUCGCUGUCCAUCUCCGGGGUGCUGAUCUUGCUGCUGCCUAUUUCUCUCAUCGCCACUUCCUACGGCCUCGUGCUGAGAGCCGUUCUCCAAAUGCACUCAACAGAGGCCCGACACAAGGCCUUCACCACGUGCUCCUCACACAUCUCUGUGGUGGGGCUCUUUUAUGGGGCAGCUGUGUUCAUGUACAUGGUGCCAGGUGCCUACCACACCCCGCAGCAGGACAAUGUCGUCUCUCUCUUCUACAGUCUCAUCACCCCCACACUCAACCCCCUCAUCUACAGCUUGAGGAACAGAGAAGUACAAAUGGCUUUGGUCAAAGUCCUUGGCAGGGCGGACCUCAGGUCAAAGAGGUGACCUCAUGAUUCCCGAGGGCCCCUCCUUAUAGCUGACACCUUCCUUUCAUUGUCAUUCCAUGCUGUACAAGACUUACCAAAUCUGUCUGGCUGCCUUCCUCCUGUCUCACUGUGGGGGGGGAUGUGUGUUUUCAGAAAACGAGUAAGAUUUUUUCAGUCUCAGAACAUGAAGAUUUUUACUAUAUGAAUGCCAAUCCAAGAGCCAGCAUUCAACCUAGCAGUUGGGGCAUCCACAUGGGGUCAAGUCCUGGUUCUUGCUCCUGAGUUCAGCCUCCCACUGACGCAGGCCCUGGGAGGCAGCAGGUGAUGGUCCGAGUAGUUAAGUCCUUGUCAUUCUUGUGGGAGACCUGGAUUGAGUUCCAGGUUCUCAACUUUGCCUCUGGCCCAAACACUUGGAGAAUGAACCA